AUGUCCAGCUCGACCAGUCCAGCUGCAGCGCAAGCUUCCAGCUCAGGCUCAGGCUCAGGCUCAGGCUCAAGCGUGGGUAUGGUCUCAUCCAGCGCACAAGCCAACGCACUCGGCAUCCCCUCGUCUAGCUCAUCAACUGCGCUCCUAUCGCUCUCACCCACUCACCAACAAGCGCUUCAACAAAUCUCCAGCACCGACCAGCUGCCCGAAGACUUGGACUGGAAAGAGAUGAAGAGCGCGAUGAUUGCACAUUUGAGAUGCGUGGUGGAGCAGUGGGAUACGAGGUUCGAGAGGGGAAGAGAGAUCCAUAGAGCUGCUAGAAGUGUAGCGUCGUUGGAUGCGGUGCAGGUGCAACAGAUGCAGCAGCAGCAGCGGAUGCAGGGCCAAACAUCUCAACCCAAUGGCGAUCAUCUCGAGCGCCCGCCCAUCAACACCCUGUCCGAUGCUGAAUCUGCUUCCACCUUGCAAAGUGUGCAUCAACCAUCCGCAUCCGCAUCCGCAUCCGCAUCUGCAGCAACAACAACGGAUGACGAUGAUGAUGUCGUUCUCCCCGCCGAUUUGUCCAACUUUUACCCCAGCAAGACCAGAGCUCCGCUGAGCAAGCCAUGGUAUGGAACGUGGGGCUUGCACUUGGAAGGUCAAGCGUUGGAGGAUGAAGUGCAAGAUGUUUGCGCAAGGAUAGAAGCUUUCGAGUGAGUCGAGUCCGAAGGUCGCUUCGAAGCGCUGAACUCGCGCUGGCCGAUGCUGAUCACGCAUGAAUGCGUACAUGCGAUGUCCUCUUCACGCUCAACAGCGAAGCGCCCUUUACGAUUCAACGUCUAGCCGAGCUCAUGUUGAAGCCCAACGAGCAUGCACGGACAGUCAGCAAAUACCUUUCGAGUCUCAAGCGCGUACUCUCAGUCACCGCAUCUCACGCAUCCUUCCUCGACAUCGAAAGCACUCAUUCUGCAAAUGUCCCAAGCACGGACGCGAACGGGAGCGGAAGCGGAAGCGGAAUGGUUGGUGGGACAUAUGCGAGAGAAGGAUCCAUCUUUUCAGAAACUGGAUCCACAUCGACCCCCUCAUCAGUUGGCUCUUACGAUACGCUCGCACCUCUAAGCAACCCAAUCUUUUCUCCCAUUCCUUUUCUGAUCCGACCCUCCUCCGAAGAAGCCCCACAGCCUUCCAGCUCUCAAUUGGAUCUAGAUCUCAACCUGACCUCCUCUUCUCAUCCCAACGCUUUCGAAGCUGUUGGUGCGAGCACAAAUGCGGACGAAGCGAUGGGCUUGGACUUGGGUUUGGGACUGGGCCUUGGACUUGAAGGAGCUGCAAAUGGGAAUGAAAAUGAAGAUGGCAAUGUAGCUGCAAAGCGUGGUUUUGGGUUGCAUGGAGCAGGCGCAGGCGUAGGAGGACCGGGAGCUGAAUUGGCAGGAGCGGACAGAACGACGUCAGAUGCGCAAAGGCUUGCUCAAGCUCAAGGCAGAGGGACUGGCGCACCGGGAACACCCGGUGCGAUCGGUAGCGCGAGUACGAGCGUGUCUAAUCCAAGUUCCUCCUUGGUCGAAUCGACGCCCGUGGAGCAUCCCGAAGCACAGCAGGCGCACGCGAAAGACAUGGCUGCUGGUAAAUUGGCAGCUAAGGAUGCCGGAGCGAAUACGAGCGCAAAGUCGACGCGCAUGGACGACGAUCUGAUCGGCACGAGCUCCAAUGGCAAUGAGCAUGCGACGCAAAGGUCGAACGGAGACUUUGCGAGUACGACUGGUCAUUCUGCCAACUCGAUCGUCGGCGCCACUACGAGUGCAGGUGCGGGUACCGGUACCGGUACGGGUGUUGCUACAGCAGCUGUAGGAGGAGGGGCUAGAGCUCCAAAUGUACCUACGGUACCUCUUGGUGUGCCCAAAGGGAAAGUGGACGAAUUGGACGAUGUGGAGAAUCACCUUUCGACGACGACGACGACGACGGGUGGUCUUGCCCCUCUUGGCUCGUCUGCUGCUGCUUCGACUGCUGAGGAAAAGCGAGCAGAGGGAAACGAGAUGCAGGUGGAUGGGGAUGGGAUGUUGAAUAUGGAUAGGCAACAGCAGGAGCAAGAAGAAGAGGGCAAGAGAACAAAGAGGAGCAGAGCGUGA